AUGCUCAACGGCAAAGUCUACGCCGCCUUCGAUCCCGCCCUCCUCCAAAUCCUCCUCCGCAACAAGACCGCGUCCUUCGAGCCCUUCGUCUUCGACUACGCGAAAAAGACCUUUGCGCUGAAGCAGGAGACGUUUGCGAAGGUUAAAGUACCGGGCGUUUACGAUGAAUUUACAGAGGCGAUACAUGCGAGCUUUCAGGUUAGGCAUUUGCAGCAGAUGAAUGUGCAUUUCCUGGGGAGUAUCGCUGCGAAGCUGAAUUGCGCGACGAUACGUGCUGAUGCGAUCAAUGCGGGAAAGGAGGCGGUCGCAAAUGGACGACUACACGUGGAGAAUUUGUAUCUCUGGUGUCGUGAUGUUAUGAGCCUCGCUACAACGCGUUCUCUGUACGGCGACACUGAUCCGUUCAAUCGCGAUCCCUCUUUAAUUGAAGACAUGUGGCUUUUCGAAGAAUCAGUCCCCUACUUCCUCCUCUCGCUCUUCCCCUCGAUUACAAUGCCAAAAGCCUACAAAGCGCGCUCCACGCUGCAAAACAUCGCGUGCAAAUGGUACGCCCAAGACCACGACAUCCACGACCCUAGCGUCUCAGCCCUCGUACGAAACCGCGCCGGCGCGCUGCGCAAGAACGGUCUAACAGGCUACGAGAUCGGCAAGUUUGAGGUUAUUCUCCCGAAUGUGGCGACGCUUAAUGCCGUGCCGACGUUUUACUGGCUUUUGCUGUACAUCCUCGACCGACCGGAUCUUCUUACGCGAAUACGAGCCGAAGCUGAGGAUGCAGCUGUUAUAGAGGAGAAUAAUGGGAAGCGGAGUGCGACGUUUAAUAUUGUGGAUUUUGAGGAGAAGAUGCCGCUGCUGGUGAGCUGUUAUCGCGAGACGUUGAGGCUUGCGAACCAGACUCUUAGCAUGCGACGCAUCCUCCAAGACACAAGCAUCACGACACCUGAAGGAACAACAUAUAUUCUUAAAAAGGACACAGACCUACAACUCCCCGCUGGCGUAGCACACUACGAAGACAGUGUCUGGGGCUCAGACGUCAACGUCUUCAAUCCAGAGCGUUUCCUCCCCGCGUCCAAGGGCAGCGCAGAAGACGAGCGCAAGCGAAAAGCAGCUUAUAUACCCUUCGGCGGCGGUCGCCAUCUCUGUCCAGGCCGAAACCUCGCUUUCGCAGAGAUAGUCGGCUUCGCGUCUGCAUUACUACUAGGUUUUGAGAUUGAAGCUGUAGGCAUGGGCUUUGGCGAUGUCAAGAAGCUGGGACCGCAGCUUGCGGGGGGCACGGUGAGGCCUGAGAGGUAUGGCGCUGGGUUGGGGGCCGAGAUACAGAUGAGGCGGGGAUGGGAGGACGUGGAGUGGAGGUUUGAGUGUUGA